CAAUUUCACAGAGAAGGAAACAAGGAAGGGGAAUAAACAUGAACAUCUUCACUAAGAAACCAAAUCCGAGAGAAGUGCUUAGGGAGAGUAAGAGAGAGAUGACACAAGCUACAAGAGGAAUCGAAAAGGAAAUCGGAUCGCUGCAAUCAGAAGAGAAAAAGCUUGUUCUCGAGAUUAAAAGAACUGCUAAAACAGGGAAUGAGGGAGCAACUAAGAUUCUUGCUCGGCAAUUGAUCCGGCUAAGGCAGCAAAUAGCUAACUUACAAGGUAGCCGAGCUCAAAUGCGAGGCAUAGCUACUCAUACACAGGCUAUGCAUGCGCACACUUCAGUUGCUGCUGGAAUGCAAGGUGCCACUAAGGCAAUGGCAGCUAUGAGCAAGAAUAUGGAUCCAGCAAAACAGGCUAAGGUUAUGAGAGAAUUUCAAAAGCAGUCUGCACAAAUGGACAUGACUACUGAGAUGAUGUCAGAUGCCAUAGAUGAUGCUUUAGACAAUGACGAAGCUGAGGACGAAACAGAGGAUCUGACAAACCAGGUUCUUGAUGAAAUCGGCAUUGAUAUCGCCUCGCAGUUAUCAUCUGCUCCAAAAGGUAAAAUUGGUGGGAAGAAUGCAGAGGAUGUUGGCAGUUCUGAAAUCGAUGAACUGGAGAAGCGGUUGGCGGCGCUUAGAUAGAAAGAAGAAGUGCCGUGAGCUUGAAGAUGUUUCAGACAAAAAAUUUAUACAUUCAAUGUGUCUUCUACAGUUUGCUUUCUGGGAAGAUUUGUGGAUAUUUAAACAAUUAAACAAAUGUAGUGACU